CAUAAAUAUGGGUGUCUGAACUUAUGUGGAAAUCAGUGAUUAAGAGGAAACAUAAAAGCAAGCCUUCGCGCCUCCGUUACCAAUAAUCAUGGAUUCAGAAGACAGGGACGAGAUUCACAUCAAACUUGUUGUGGCCACUCCUAUCAAAGACUCGGUCGUAUCCGACAUCACGGAACGUCUUCAAAAAGUCCAUUCCGAUGCUACCCUCACUUCGAUCACCCAAAGCGAAGGCGCUCUUUUCUUCCAUUGUCCUUCAUCUGAUCCCGAGGUCCGGGACAAAUUUGUGGAUUUAUUCAUACAAUGGCUGGACACUCAAGCGGUAUCAAUAACCAACUACAAUAUAAUACUCGGACGAUUAUGAGAUUCAUUCUUCGAACGGUGAUUCUGCUGCUACCCGUUACCGCGGCCUCUCCCAUUUCUGCCA